AUGCCAAGCAUGCCGAGUCUGGGCAAGCUGGUGAGGAGCGAGGCGCUGCUGGAGGAGAAGCUGCAGAGCGUCAAGUGGAGUGGGCGCAACCACUGGAAGGGCGACGGCGAAAUGACGGGCAACGGGCGGAUACAGAUCGCAUACCCGAUGAAUAUCGCCAGUAGCACGCUGCUGGCCGACAUCGAAAAGGACCUGGUCAGUGUGGGCAAGCGCAAAAUGACCAGCGACGAGGGAUAUCAAUACAAGGUGGUGCUGGCCAAGGUGUACUUUUACGCAGCGCAGUUUGCAAAGUGCGGCGAGGUGCUGGCGUCGGUGCCAGACACGCUGGAGGAAAGCUCGCUGUCGGCAGACUACAACAAGCAGCUAUACAUUGCGCAGAUGGUGAUGCGCGGGAUCAUCCAGGAGAUGGACGGCAAGCUGCAAGAGGCGCUGGACACAUACGCGCAGGCGCUGGGCACGUACCGCGGCCAGCUGAGCGCACAUGCAGUGGUAGUGGUUCCCAAAGCAUCGGGUGGCAGCACCGAGGAGAUUGUUAAUUGGUCAGAGGAGGCGCUGUACCGACGGGCGCUGCUGUCGCUGUCGCUAGGCGACAAGGAGCACGGCAUGGAGCAACUGGGCGAGUACCUGCAGCAUAUGGACAGCGUGUCUCCGCCGGCGUUCCGCGUGUUCCGGCGGCUGAGAGCCAACCACGUGCUGCUGGGCAUUUCGCGGUCGCUGUAUACAUUGGAGGGGACGCGGCCACUGAAGCAGGCGCUGCUGGAUGGACACCAGCACCAGAUGACGCUGCUGGGCAUGGCAAUGCGGUUCCCGCGGGCAGACGACGCCAAUAGCGAAGUGCUGGUAGCCGUUGAUGCAGCGGCAGGCGAUUGGAACUUGACACAAGCGUAUUCGCGUACCGAGUCUCUGCGGCUGCUUGAGCUGCUGUAUCAGGCGGUGCACAUCACGUAUAACUCGCCGCAGCUCAUGCGACACCUGGUGCAUACGCUGAUCCGGUUCGGUGACUACCACGAGGCAGGGCUGGCUUUCGGUACAUACAAUGUGCUGGUGGAACGGCAGCUCGAGACUGUGCGCAAGGCACUGCGUGCUGCGCUCAGCGAGGGUGGGCCGCGGGCGCUGCAGCUCGGCGUGGGCGUCGAGUCAAUCAACGAUAUUCUGGAGACAACCAUCACCGGCACGCGGCUGCAUCUGGUGCACCUGCAGAAUCCGCAGGAAAGCCUGGCGCUGGCCCAUGCGGCAGGCGAUUUGAUCGACGAGAUCGAAGGGCUGGAUCCGGCAAACGCGUACGUUGGGCGGGUGCCGGAGCAAAUCAAGGCGCAGCUGGCGCUGUGGCGCGGGGCAGCCCACGCACGCCUGUCGCAGGCCAGCAGGGAGCCCGAGAACCGCACGCACCACCACACUGCGGCGCUGCAGCAACUGCAGCAGGCAGUGGGGCUAGCACCGCGCAUGUACGAGGCUCAGUACCAGCUGGCGCUGGAGCAGGCGAUCGGCGCGCGCGACAUUACCUCAGCCACGGCCUCAGCCAAGGCAGCAGUGGCGCUGGACGCUCGACGGCUCGAGGCCUGGCACCUUCUGGUCCUGCUGGCCACCGCGCGCAAAGACUACGCGACCGCGCAGCGCAUCUGCGACGUGGCUCUGAAGCAGAGCGAGUGGUGGGCCGUGGACUGCGAGAUCCAGGCAGCCGGGCCCUCGCGGCCGAGCCACCUUGGGCUAGUGGACAGCAAGCCGGCAGCUCGCGGCGGCGACAUCGACUCGGGCAUCGCGUACCUGCGGCUGCGGAUGACGCGGCAGCUGAUUGAUAGCAAGCUUGGCGGCCUGGCGGCGUGUCUGAAAUCGCAGCCGCAUAUGUUUGCAUUGUAUGGCUGCGUUUUCGGCCCCGUGCUGUCGUCGCCCGAGGGCGCUGAUGAUGCGUCGGCGGCGCUGGAGCUUUCAAUGGCUGGGGAUCCGCGCUCGGCACCGCCGCUGCGCGAUCUGCUGGGCAGCCGCAAGCCGCACUCGAUGACAUCGGGCAAGCGCUCGCUGGCGCGCUCCUUGGCACGCACCAUGCUGGGCAGGCACGUGCGCCAGCGCUCGGCCGGCUCGCCCGACGACCACCCGACGACCACCGGGCAUGCACGCACCCACUCGCACAGCGUAAGGCGGUCCCCAGCCUUCCCCAGCAGCUCUCCCAGCGACUCAGCUCCGGCUCAGCCAGCCGAACCGACGGCACCCGCGCAGCCAGCACAGCAGCCGAAGCGGCAGCGGUCGAUGCCACAUCUGCGCAACGGCAGCGUGGACAGCGCACUGGCGGGUGAUGUGCCGACGGAGGCUUACUACGACAACCCGGAUCUGUCAGCAGCCAAGAUCCGCGCCAGUCUGGGCCUGAGCCCGAGCACGCGCGCCAGCACCAUCUCGGGCCUGGCCACCCACCACAGCGUGUACUAUUCGCCAAUCGCCACGCAUCUGUCAAUGCAGCGCCAGCAGGCGAGCCGCGCGCUAUGCGACCUGUGGCUCCUGUCGGCUGGAAUGUUCGUGCAGCUGCAGCGUACCGACGAGGCCGCCAAUGCAAUUAACGAGGCGGUCAAUGCGUGGCCCGAAAGCCCCGAUGCCCUGGUGAUGCGCGGCCAGCUGGAGCUCGCGCGCGGCCAGCCCCUGCCUGCCCUCAACGAGUUCCACGCCGCCGUCGCCCUGCAGCCUGGCAAUAUUCGCGCGGCCGUCGGUCUUGCCCGUGUCGAGUAUUUGCUUGGCCGUCGUGAUGUUGCCAUUGGGCUAUUGAAGAACAUCACCAGGGCCCAUGGCUGGUCGGAUCCCGAGGCCUGGUACUGGCUUGGGAGGCUGGAACGCGAGGUCGCCGAGGAGCGAGACCCAGGCUCUGAUAACCAGGCACUGGCGCGCGCUAUGGAAUACACCACGUAUGCCUUGGAGCUGGAAACCACCCAGCCUAUGCGCCCGUUCACGCUGCUAUGCCAGUGA